UCUUCAUCGAAUCCGCUCAUUUCACACUGUUUAUUCAUCGCUAAAAGAAAAAUGGAAGGCGCAGCAAAGUCAAAGAAGGGUGCCGGAGGAAGAAAGGCCGGUGGCCCAAGGAAGAAGGCGGUUACCCGCUCCGUCAAGGCCGGACUUCAGUUUCCCGUCGGUAGAAUUGGGCGUUUUCUGAAGAAAGGACGUUAUGCGCAGCGUGUUGGAAGCGGUGCUCCGGUUUACCUCGCCGCUGUUCUUGAAUACCUUGCUGCUGAAGUGCUAGAGUUAGCUGGAAAUGCUUCUAGGGACAACAAGAAGACCAGAAUUAUUCCAAGGCAUCUUCUGUUGGCCAUUAGAAAUGAUGAAGAGCUUGGGAAAUUAUUGGGUGGAGUUACGAUCGCUCAUGGUGGUGUUCUUCCAAAUAUCAACCCAAUUCUAUUGCCAAAGAAGACCGCUGCUAAGGAGCCUUCAACUCCAUCUAAAGCUGCUAAAUCUCCAAAAAAAGCCAAGAAGGCUGAGUAAAUUAUGACGCUAGAAUUUGUAGUUCUUUUUUGGUUUAAGAUCAUGUUACAAGUUUGUAUGAUGAUGUUGAUCAAUAUUUAAUGAAUGAAACGACUUGUUUCUUAUAA